UGUGUGAAUCCGGCGAUUACACGCUCUCUCAAAUACUCAAGCAGUGUGUGAUAACAAGAGACGAAAAUAAGCAUAAUAAUAAUAAUAAUAAGAAAAAAAAGAAAUUAAUCCCGUCGAGAAAGAGGCCGCAAGAAUGAAGCCAAGGCAGUUCGUUCGAGAGUGUAGCUGGUGUUGUUGUUGUUCCUGCUUUGCUGCUAAUAAACGGAGCACAGCUGCGUUUUCGCCCCAUGUGUCGUGAUGCGUCGUCUUUCUUUGCUUGCCUCCUGGGUCCACGUCCAGGGCCCUUCAACCCGUUUUCGCGCAGAAAAGUUACACCUGCAUCGCGUCUGCGAGCAACCUACAGGCGCUGCAGACUCGGACUGAGAUUUCAUCCCUGGAUUAAUGGCCUUGCAAAUCAAAAUCAUGAAGUCAAAGUAGAGCCAAAUACAUGGCUCGACCUCGUCAUGGAUACUUACAGCUACGACGAGGACUUGUCGCAAAGUGCUUUCUUCCAACAACUGCAGCAGGAAUACCAGCCAAUCUAUCAAAGAGCAAUUAGAGAAGGCUGGGUCAUUUGUGUCCCGCGCUGUAGUACCUUCGCCAAGGCUGCACUGACCGAGGAGGAUUUUCUUGGUCACAUUCUCAUUCCCGAUGAUGAGGUGCCUGGCACCCAUUUUCAUACACUGACGGAUCGUGAGGUGCGAUUAAAUGACAGAUCCUUGAUGAUCGAUGAUAAUGUAGGGAAAUGGCGAUCUGUGCAAUUGUUAUUCGAAGAAACAUUUUACACCGACGAUCUUCACAAAUAUUGCGUAUGGUGCAUCGAGGGACUCUUGGAACAAGCGACAAACGAAUCGGCAGAUGAGGUACCGGUUGUCACAUCGCUCAAGGAAUGCGUGGAUUUGUUGUGGAGCGAAGUGCAAGACAAGAGCAUUUUAAAAGAACUGGACGCGUCAAUAGACGAGUUUGAAAAAGCCCAAAAGAAUUUGGACAACGAAUGCCUACAGAUGCAGCGCGAUCUCGUUGGCAUGCUCUAUGCCAAAAGCUUACGAACUUUGCUGAAGGAUACAAGGUUGCGAGACCGAACGGUCGAGAGCCGCUAUCUUUUGCAGACGAUAAGACUCACCACUGAAACAUACGUACUUCAUGGAUUAAGGAGAAUAUUGCCACUCGCGGUAUCGACCAGUACUGCAAUCGAGGAUGCACAUCUUAACAAAAUAAUAAAAAAUCUGCACGACCUGCAGUUGCACGAUUUCGGCGUGCGACCUGAUCUCUACGAUGGCGUUUCGAGAGGAAAAUUAGAAUUAUCAAGAUUAGAUGGGCAUUUCACGGUGUUGGGUAAGAUUGGUUGCUUGAAGCGAGCCGCUCGAUUCGUGUCGCAGGGCGAAACGUCCGUCUCGUCCGAUGAUUUUCUACCAGUGCUGAUAUAUCUAGUAGUCAAAUCAGGGUUGGCCAAUUGGUAUGCUCAACUGGCUUUUAUGAAGCAAUUUAGAUUCUCGGCCAGUUCGGCUUACGAAGCAGACGAAGCUGGUUUUCUCAUAACGUCGCUCGAAGCCGCAGUUGAGCACGUCAAGUCAGGCUCACUGGGAAUUGGUUCACCUCAGCUCGAGGUGUCCACCUUAUUGAAUGGUGACAAUCACAAAGACGAAAAACCCCUGGUAACGACAGACGAAUGUGGCGAAUUGAAUGGAUCUGUCAAGAUAUUGUUUGAGUAUGCCAAAAGAGGUAAUUUGACUGAGGUACAAAAGAUAUUGUCAGAUAAAACCGAAGAUGUCCCAAAAGAGUCCAAACUUUGCCAUCCACUGUGCACUUGUAAAAAUUGCGACCGCAGCCUGUUGCUGAAUUCAUCGACCGACUUAACGAGUGCUCAAUGGCGAGAUAAUCGCGGCCGUAAUUGUCUACACAUAGCCAGUUUAUACGGCCAGGUAGCUGUCGUGGAUUAUCUAUUGGAGUACGGAUUAAGUGCUAAUGAUGUCGACAUUGAAAGCACUGCUCCUCUUCACUGUGCCGCAGCUCGUGGACAUCAAAACACUUUGUUGUUACUGCUUCACGCCAAUGCAGAUAUUAAUGCUUUGGAUUCGCGGGGAAAUAGCGCACUACAUCUGGCUACGGAUAAUGGCCACGAGGCCUGUGUCAAGGCUUUGUUGUAUUUUGCCGAGCAGACGAGAUUAACGAUCAACAUCAGUGCUGCAAAUAUGCAAGGUGACACCGCCUUACAUUUUGCUUCUAAAUGGGGAUAUCGAGGCAUUGUAGAGAUACUGCUGGAGUAUGGAGCAGAGCCCGGGUGCAAGAACCGACGGGGACAAACACCUUUGAAUUUAGCGCACAAUUGUCACAUAAUAAGGAUGCUCGAGGGUUCAAGCUCGAGAACGAGUACACCUACUGGUAGUGGCACUUCGUCAGGAUAUGGCACUACUAGAAAGGAAGUGGGUGCUGAGAGUGCUAACGAGGACCAGUCGAGCUCGUCGGCUUCGACACCUAACAAACUUGGGUAUCGAGGCAAUACGGACGGAAUACACAAAAUCAACAGGCUGUUUGCAGCAGUGGCUGAAGGAGACAUCCGCUUGGCUUCGUAUUACCUUGGCCUCGAAGGUCCCUGCAGCAAGACUUACGUCUCCGAACCGGACGAGUCGAAAUUUUGUCAUCCUCUAUGCAACUGCGACAAGUGCGUCUCCAUCGAGGAACUAGCUUACGAGAAGGAAACAAAGCCACCGAUCGCCAUUAAUGCCGUCAACAGCCAGGGAGAAACUGCUUUGCACAUAGCCAGUGCAGCCGGCUGCACCGAGAUUAUACAGUUGCUACUGGACGCUGGAGCCAAAGUAAACCUGGUAACGCGCUCGGAGGGACGAACGCCGUUACAUCUGGCCUGCCUACACGAGCACGUCCAGACCGCAAAGAUGCUGCUGAGCUGUGGCUCGUGCAACCCAGACGUUAGAGACAACGCUCGUGAUACUCCGUUGCAUCUGGCAGCUCGAGCUGGCAACGUUCGCAUAGUCGAGAUGCUGGUGCGUCACGGGGCCAACGCUCGGCUGAGAAAUCUUAACGGGGCUACGCCGCUCGACGAAGUCGAGCACAUAAAGUCGGACGAUAUCUUUAUGUCACUCGCGCUCAGCAACAUUGCCAAAAUUUUAAAAAACGUCGACGCCGCUGCUGCUUCCGUGGCUAAUGCUAGUCAGUAGUGCUUGGACCAAAUUUGCAAGUGCAAAAUAAAGUAGUUUUUUUUUUUCGUGUCACGUAUUGAUAUUGCGCUGUAAAGUUUUCAACACUAGAUGUAAGAGCUUACGCGGAUACUUGGAUUUUUUAUGAAACAUGGAGUUAUUUCAAGUGUUUAAAAGACUGAAUUAGUGUGGCAUUUUUCUAUUGACAUUUGAUUUUUUCAACGUUACGAUCGAAUUUCGGAUUUGAUUUUUUUCAUAGACUUCCAUAAGAA